AUGUCUCUACCAGACUACGAGCCGUCAAGCUGGACCACGUCCUCAAACGAGGCCCUCCAUAUAUCGCUGGCAGAGCCAGAGGGCGCGUUUACGUUCAAUCCCACAUUUACAUACCCAAUCUUUGGCGACUCCGAACAGAUCUUUGGGUACAAAGGACUGCGGAUCGACCUUGCGUUCGACUGCCGGUCUAUGUAUCCGUUUCUAGGCGUCAAGUACGAGUCGAAACUAUCCGAGGACGUGAAAGAUGUCGAGAAGACGCUGUUGGAGUUUCUUCCCAAGGAAACAGUUGUCAAGGACGAGGCAUUGUGGUUGGACAAGAUUGAACAGGAAAACUUCGAACUCCCUGGGAAGCCCGUGUAUACGUACCAGAUCGAUGGCGAAACAUACAAGAUCUUCAAGUUCAAGCUCGACGACUCAAAUGGGCUUAAAUUGCACCUGCGAAUCCAGAUCUUCGUCCUGCUGUUCAUCGAGGCAGGCUCCUACAUCGACAGCACCGACAACGUCUGGGAGAUCUAUGCGAUUUACAAAUGCCCCGAAGAUAAGAAAGAGUCGUUUGUUGGGUUCAGCACAGCCUACUCCCAUUGGAAACACCCAGGUACGGCGGCUCACGAUGCUUCAGAGACUCUGGAAUUGCAAUUCCGCAAGAAAAUCAGCCAAUUCAUUGUGCUUCCUCCGUACCAGUCAAAAGGCCACGGAAAAAACCUAUAUAACUGCAUGGUGGACGAGUGGCUCGCAGACGACAAGGUCAAGGAGAUCACUGUGGAGGAUCCGAGCGAGGCGUUUGACGAUCUGCGUGAUCGCUGCGAUCUGCAGCGACUGAACCGGGCAGACUUUCUCAAUGGCGUCAAGCUGCCGAUUGAGGAGCCGUGGAUUGAAAAACAGGUUGCACUGCACAAAAUGGACCGCAGACAGUUCGAGAGAUGCGUGGAGAUGACACUGUUGUGGAUGUUGCAGAACAAGAAGGGCGGUAUUGAAAACCUGAGCGAAAAGAACGUGCGUUUGCAGAUAAAGAAGAGGCUGUAUCUGAAGAACAGAGACGCGUUGAGCGAGCUGGAAAAGGCGGACAAAAUGGACAAACUGCAGACGGCGUAUGAGCGACUGCACGAGGACUACGAGCGGAUUCUGGAGAAAGCUGGCCUUGCAACUGGCGUCAAGAGAGAGCAGUCGCACGAGCUGCCCGAUGCAAAGCGCCCAAGGCUCUAA